AUGAUCCGAAGUAGGAUAAGUCGAAGAACAAAGAAAAGAACGGUCAAGAAGAAACGCAAUAUUAAGGAGAAACGAUUGAGUGGGGUUGAAAGGUCCAGAGAUCUAGGAUAUGGCGAUGAAAUUUGCAUUGAACAGAUUCAGGAUUUCAACGACGGCACAGCACCGUUUGUAGAGUUGGUGGAUAGCGAAGAUAUUCCAGCAUGUGAUAAGCACGAAGCAUUAAACGAGAAGAAGGAAAUUUACAGUGAUUCAAAUAAUCAAGAAUUAUGGUUCCUGAAUGGGUACUGUGGUGAUUAUGAUCCGCGAUCGUUGCUGAUGCAUGUUUGUGAAGAUGGACGAGUCAAAUUGUGGAGCGAAUUCCUUCAACAUUUUUCCGAGAAAGAAUUCAGCAAAAUCGGAGAAGGAGCGUUCAGUGAGGUGUACACGGCCAAAUCCUUACUGGAUCAUUCUACUGUUGUUUUGAAGGUGGUACCAGUUGAUGAAGGGACAAAUGUGACCAUGAGCAGUAAACCAUCGAAGACGUUUCUUUCGAUUUUACCCGAAGUGCUCAUCUAUCGAGAAAUCGAAUUGCUUUCAAGU